GUACCAACAUGCGAUGAAACUUAAAUAAUAAAGGUCUAUACCUGACCAAAAUGCUUAUCUCUUUGUGUUGUUUCGUUACUUACGUUUAACAUCUAUCAUUUUUCACAUUCGCGAUCUUCGCGGAUCGAAAAUCGCAAGAAUGUCAAAAAUGUCAACUUUCGCCUUAUUGUCGAAACAUAAGGGCGCUGUGGCUGCGGCAGCGACAGCUAGCACUGCUUCGCUCUUGUUUGGAUAUGAUACUGGUGUUGCAAGUUCUGUCCUUGCUCUUAGAAGGUUGGCUUGUCUAGGUUUAUGUGAAGAGAACCGUUUUCUAACAGCGGCAUAGUUUCUCGACAGAAUUUGGUAUCUCGACAAACCCAGCAAAGGCAGCAGAGCUCUCCUCGAAUAUCGUUGCCCUCUUGAACGCAGGAGCCUUUUUUGGAGCCAUUUUCCCAGCAUUUUUAUCUGGUGUGGUUGGCCGGAAACCCAUGAUGAGUAUCGCAGCGUUUUUCCUGAUGCUCGGAGGAAUAUUACAAACCGCCACUCCGCCACCAAAAUUAGACAUGAUGUAUGCGGGUCGUGUGAUUUCUGGAUUUGGAGUUGGAAUGGUUAGUAACUUGACGCCCGUAUAUGUUGCGGAAAUCUCUCCCAAGGAGCUUCGUGGGCUCCUCAUGUCACUGUUCGAAAUGUCCCUAGUAUCUGGAGGAUUCCUCGCAUACUGGACGGCAUAUGGCGUUUCCGUCCACAUGAAGCCAACUAGCGGGCAGUGGAGAACGCCAUUGAGUAUCCAGAUCAUCCUUGCUGGCAUCGUCCUCGUUUCGUCCUUCUUGAUUGUUGAAUCUCCCCGAUGGCUGGCUAAACAGGAUCGCUGGGAAGAAGCAGAAACCUCACUCUGUUACCUUCGUGGUCUUCCCUCAGAAGAUAUUGACCUGAAGACUGAAAUGGCUGAGAUUCAUGCUCAAAUCGAUGAAGAGAUCCAAGCUACCUCAGGACGUUCCAUCAAGGAGCUUUUCCAGAGCCGAAACCUCAUUCGACUUUUUUGGGCAUCUGGAAUUGGAUUUUUCAGUAUCUGGUCGGGACAGACCGCACUCUUGUACUAUGGACCAGCGGUAUUCCGUCAAAUUGGAUUCAAUGGCCAAAAUGCGGCACUAUUUGCCAGUGGAAUGUUUACCUGCAUCAAAGUUGUCGUUACAAUUGCGUUCCUGGCUGUCGGCAUUCAGAAAUUCAACAGAAAGACUUUGUUGCUGGUUGGAAGUUUUGGAAUGGCGGCCAUGCUCUUCUCUCUUGGAGCUAUCCUGAAAACACAUCCUCCUAUUCCUGGACAGGCUACCAACAACACCCAGCGGGAAAGCAAUGGUAGGCUUUGAGCUUCUGAAUGAAUUCCGGAAAAUUGACUGACAUUUCCUAGAUGGCUGUCAUUUACAUAUAUAUCGCGUUUUAUAGUGGAACUUGGGGGCCAAUCAACUGGGUUUAUAUGGGAGAGUAAGUUUCCAUCUCGCUUAUGUCAAAUAUAUUGUGCUGACUUUCAUAGAAUCUUUCCAACCAGAAUCCGCGAUUAUGGAAUGGCAAUCUCCGUUAUGCUCAUCUGGGUUUGCAACUUUGUUGUAUCCAAACAAACUCCUAUCAUUGUCUUAAAGAUUGGCUGGAAGACCUGGAUGGUAAGCAAAUUUCUUGGAAAGAGUUACCUGAGUUUAACUAACCCUCAAUCUAGAUCUUCGGAGCCUUCAAUGCCGCCGCAUUUGUUUUCUCACUAUUUCUGCCUGAAACAAGGGGUGUUUCCUUGGAAAAUAUGGAUAUUCUGUUCAAAGCUGUCGAUGAGACGAAGCGGCAAAAGGAUAUUGAGGACCGUAUUGGUGUCGUUUCGGAGGUUGUACCGCGUGAGAGUACUGCAGCUUCAGAGGCAAAGAGUCCAACUCUUGACACAAAAGAGCUCAGCUAGAUGUGGAAGAUGUUG